UUAUUUUGUACAUAAUAUAAAUAAUGGACAUUUAAAUGAUUUUAAAUGAGUUUCUAUUUUUAAAUUUUAAUUUAAAAAUUUAGUAACAUUGUAGUUUUUUAAAAUGCAAAUUUGAGGUAAAAUAUGUGACCGCGUAAUAAAUUGAUGUAAAUUUGAAUAAAAAAUCAAAACAAAAAAUGAAAUUAAAGGAUUUAUUAAAACGAUUUACUAAUGCACCGAAAAAUAAAUCUAGUCAUGAUGAAAAGCCACCAAAGAAACUGGAAAGACCAUUAUUUAUUUACUGGGCUCUUGCUGGAGUAAGAAUUUUGCUUACUCUGCUACCACAGACAGGAUACAUUCACCCUGAUGAGUUUUUUCAAUCAAUCGAAGUUAUCGCAGGCGAUCGUUUUGACAUCGACGUACACAGACCAUGGGAAUAUAAUGCAACAUUUCCGAUAAGAUCUGCGUUUGUAUCUCAGCUGGUAGUCGGAAUUCCUUAUUCAAUAAUAAAUGUACUGUCUCCUUACAUCUGGUACUACUUUCAAAUAAAUGUCAGAACGUCAUACUUCUUGGUGACUGUUCCACGUUUGACGCUGUGCAUUUUAUCAUUUACGUCAGACUACUGUCUGUACAAAUCAUGCCUAAUGAACAAACAAAAUUAUCGAUCGCGGUUAAUUAUUUACGCGAGUUCGUACGUCAUAGUGGUUUACGCAACACGCACUCUGUCAAACUCCAUUGAAUUAAUCCUGAAUACUUUAUUAAUUUACUACGUGUCUAGGUGCAUAGUAUACUCUGAGCAAGUAGUGAUCCAGAGCGAUCAUUUUAAAAAUGCUUAUGACAAAGCUCAGAAUAUUGUCGAACGUGUUAAAUAUUACAAACUGCGUGCAUCGCUUCCAUCGCACUCGCUCAAUCAUUGCCUAAUUAUCUCUAGUAUUGCAGUACUUGGUAUUUUCAACCGUCCAACAUUCCUCGCUUAUGCAUUUCCUACUAUUUUUUUCUGGCUCCAACGAGGACUGGGCUCAAGGAGUGUCAACCUCUGGGAUUUCCAUGUGCGCAUUCUCAUAUUUAUCUUAUGCGGAAUACCCGCUACUAUCUUCUUGAUAAUCGCAGACAGCUUCUACUUCGGUUACUUAACUCUCGGAGAAAUAAUUAAUCUAGACAUUGGAUUCAAAAAUAUCAUCGUUACACCUUUGAAUUUUUUAAGAUACAAUUCUGUUACUGAUAAUCUUGCUGACCAUGGACUACACCCACGGUUCCUUCACUUUUUAGUCAACGUACCUCUUUUAUUUAACAUUCUAGGCAUCAUUGGUCUCAUUGUUGGCUUGAAAAUGUGCCAUGGCAUCACUAAAAGACAGUGGUUGGAAUUACCACGGAUCCAAAGUAUUGAAAGCUUGAUGACCGCUUGCUUUAUAGUUCCCAUUGGACUGCUAUCAGUAUUUCCUCAUCAAGAACCGAGAUUUAUUAUUCCUACAAUAUUUCCUAUCGUGUAUCUCUACUCGCCUAUCAUUGAGAAAAGCAAUAAAAAAAUAGCGGCUUGUAAAAAUACAGAACAAGUCGUGCGAUUAGUACAAAAAAAUAUUGGAGUACGUAGACUGCAGUAUCUCUGGGGUAUAAGUAAUAUUCUACUGAUUAUUUUUUACGGAUUUCUCCAUCAAGGAGGAGUACUACCGCUGACGAGGCAUAUUGCCAAAGAAUUAAAGUCAAAACCAGAGCUUACACACAUUCAUUUAUUUACUUCGUACACUUACUCGCUGCCUACUGCGCUUUUACAAUUAAGAAACACUAAGAGAGUCUACAUGAGCUCAGAUCAGCACCGCUACAAACUGAAACAAGAUUUCUUUCUCUAUGAACAAGGAAGCAAGUCAAUGGCCCAUGUACUUGAGGAAAUAAAUCAUAAAAUGAGUGAAUGUGAAGCGAAAUUUAAAAAUGAUAAAAUUCCUUACAGACUUUACUACGCAAUGCCUUUGAAUUUGUUUGAUAAUUUUGUUAAUGAGCACAAUCUAGCUGUCAAUGGUACAAAUCAAUAUAAUUUUAGUAAUGUUACUGUUUUUUACCCGCAUUUGACAACCGAAAAAUUACCUCAUUUAAAUUUGUUAAGUGAUAUUGAAUUAUUUCAAAUUGAUAAAUUUGACGUUUAUUUUGAUAAAUUUGUCCCUUGUAUAUUUGAUCGUUUUGUUAAAUUUUUCAAAAACUUUGGCUUGUUAGUUGUUAGAAUUAAGUAUCAUAAAAAUAUUUAUAAUUUAUAAAACAUUAAUAUCAUGUA